AUGAAGAUCUGGAACCCGGCCACUUCACGAUGCACAACGACCCUCGAAGGACCUGACAGCCUGGUCUUGGCGAUUUCUUGGUCCCGGGAUGCAAAGUGGAUCGUACCAAGAUCAAAUGACGGGGUCGUCAUGAUCUGGAACUCAGACAGCGAACAGUGCACAUCGACUCUAGAAGGACAUAGCGGGGCAGUCACGUCCAGUUCCUGGUCCCCGGAUGGAAGCCAGAUAGCACCAGCGUCACGGGAUUAA